AUGAGAAAAUUUCAUUGGAAAUUCAAUAAAUAUGAAAUAUAUUUAGAUAUCGACGAAUGUGCAACUUCAACUCCAUGCGAUCUAACAACUCAGUACUGCCUUAACACUAUUGGUUCAUAUCAGUGCUUGUGUCGACCUGGUUAUCAACUGAUUAGUAGUUCUUGCCAAGACAUAGAUGAAUGUUCAAACAGUUCAAAUCUGUGCAACAAUGCAACUUCAUCAUGCGUGAAUCUUCCAGGCUCCUACAACUGCACAUGUUUGACUGGCUUCUAUAAUAAGGACCAGUGGACUUGCAAAGAUAUAAACGAAUGCCUCACACUCUUGAACGCCUGUGACAACGAAUCAUCGAUUUGCAACAACCAGAAUGGGUCGUACAGAUGCGACUGUUUGAGUGGAUUCUACAGCAAGAAUCCAUGGACUUGUGAGGACAUCGAUGAAUGCGCCAAAAACAGACACAACUGUUCAAGCCUAACGGAAGUUUGUGUCAACACCAUUGGUUCGUUCGUUUGCCCGUGUUUGCCGGGUUAUCGGAAGGUGAACGGCGUUUGCACAGACAUAAACGAGUGUUUGAAUAGUUCAUACGCGUGUGAUAACGCUACGUCAACAUGCCUGAACAAAGUUGGAACAUACAACUGUACAUGUUUGAAUGGUUUCUAUAACAUAAAUCAAUGGACGUGUGCAGACGUUGACGAGUGCUCCCAAAACAAGCACAAAUGUGCUAAAGUGAUUGAAACCUGCUUGAACACCGUUGGUUCGUACGUUUGUAACUGUUCAUCCGGCUACACAAGAGUAAACAAUGUUUGUUCAGACGUCAACGAGUGUUUGAACGUCGGGACGAAUGUUUGCGAUGCUCAAACUUCAACUUGCGUCAACCAGAUUGGGACGUACAGUUGCUCGUGCUUCAAGGGCUUCUCCAGUAAAAACAAGUGGACCUGUGAAGACCUGGACGAAUGCCUGACAGACACUCACUCCUGCAACUCAUCCACUUCUUCGUGCGUCAACAACGUUGGCACUUACAGCUGCUCGUGUAACAAUGGAUAUUUUAACAAAGAUCAACACACUUGUGAAGUCUCUCAAGAAAAAAGUGUUCUAUUCGCAUUCAUCGCCAUCUUCAGCGCCGUUCUUUUGACGAUGAUUGGAUUCUUCUCCUACUGCACUGCUUCGAACCAGUUCAAAUAUGCACCUCUCAAUAGAGAAAUUAUCUGAUUUCAGUGUCGGAUCAUCUUGAAAAAGUUGGAAAUGGACAUUUAUUUUGACAGACUAAAUUAUUUUCUAACUUUUAUAUCAUAUAUCUUGAAGAUAGGUGGAACAACUACAUAUGUAACUGAAAAUGUAACGCAGUUACGCUCGGUUUUAUGACAUGCUGUUUCGUAAUAUGUUUGUAAAGGUGUUUCGAAACGUAAAGUUGUGAGUAUGUGUUGAUGUUUUUAUACAAACUCGACAUUCUCACUUUUUAACCAGCAUCUUUUCAUUUAAAAAAUGUUUUCAAUUCAUUUUUAUCUCCUAUUUUGCUAUUUUUUAUUUUUGUUUCAAACAUAUUCAGGUUUUUUUAUAUCAUUUUUACCUUAGAAUUAGUUUCAAAUAAUUGACUUCAUCGGUUUCUAAUAAAUAAUAUAACUUUGCUAUGCUUUUAACAGAAUUAAUUAACCAUUUUUUCCGAUGA